AUGUCGCAUAAGAAACAUCGUCCUGCCACUUCAGGCUAUGAGCGGCUUGCUCAAGCCGAUGAAGAAAGGUCCCAUGUAUUUUAUGACUAUUCUGAUGAGGAGGACCCUUUCCGCGCACCUCCGCCUUUGUCGUCAGUUUCAGGCCCCCGAUAUACCCCUAUUCACUCACAUCCCCCGAUGCAUGCUUCACGACAGUCUUCGCCGGUGGGCUACCGGCAUCGUUCAAGCAGGCCUCGAAGGCAUGUGCGUAGCAAUUCAGGAGUGGAUAUAAAGGCCAUCAACAUGCGACUUGAGAAGUGGGCGGAGGAAAUUGCCUCCAAGUUUAAGAUUAACAAGGUCAGAGGGAAGACUGCGGCAGAGGAAAAACUGGAGAUACACCAUUCCGUUUUCCAACCUCCCGAUGGAAUUCGUCCAGUUACCUCGGAAUUCCUCGAAAACCACCCUUUAGAGGAGGGCCGGAUGACUAAGGAGGAGUUUGACGCCGUUGUUGAGAGCGUUAGAACUGCAAUCGAGCUGGGUAUACAACCGAAAAUGAUAUCACAAGGUAGCUCUGGUAGUUACUUUGCGAGAAACAGCCAAGGGAAGGUGGUGGGUGUCUUCAAGCCAAAAGAUGAGGAACCCUAUGCCUCACGAAACCCCAAGUGGACCAAAUGGAUACACAGGAACUUGUUUCCCUGCUUUUUUGGCCGUGCUUGUUUAAUCCCGAAUUUAUCGUAUGUUUCCGAAGCUGCCGCCUACGUCCUGGACACCCGCCUAAGGACCAAUCUUGUUCCAUACACUGACAUAGUCUACCUGUCCUCCAAAUCCUUUUACUACGACUUCUGGGACCGCCGUAGGGCAUGGGGUAACAAGAAAAAAUUGCCAGCCAAAGUAGGUAGCUUUCAAGUCUUCUUAAAGGGCUAUAAGGACGCCAAUAUAUUUCUACGUGAACAUCCCUGGCCGGAUCAACAUUCCUCCGGUUUCUCUGCGGGUGAUGCCCCGCGGAAGAAAAAGCGUCCCUGGAACGAGGCAUGUCGACCGUCCGGUGCCCACUCCGAUGGCGAAGACGAAUACGACGACGGGAGGUACGUUCCGUCUCCCCUAGAAGAACUGCCCCAUCCUCGUUUCUAUUGGACCGAAAACCUCAAACAAUCCUUCCGGGAGGAGCUUGAAAAACUAGUUAUUUUAGAUUACAUCAUGCGGAAUACAGAUCGCGGACUGGACAAUUGGAUGAUAAAAGUCGACUGGCAGACCGAGGACGUUUCUAUCGUCGCUGAACCUCCAAAAGCAAACGGAACCACAAACAGUACCGACGAUGACGAACAGACUCCACCGCAGCUUAUUUCUAUAAGCUCAGAGCGUCUCGGUUCAGAUUUCCACCCAUAUAGGCGCCAGGAAACCAUGGUUGCUGUUAGCCGUUCGGGAACACCUUCCAAUGCACCAGAGCACCCGCACGCCACCAUAUCUAUCGGAGCCAUCGAUAACAGCUUAUCGUGGCCGUGGAAGCAUCCUGAUGCUUGGCGAAGUUUCCCUUUUGGAUGGCUCUUCCUCCCUGUUUCCCUUAUCGGCCAACCAUUCUCAAAGAAAACACGCGAUCAUUUCUUACCACUUCUUACCUCCACCGCUUGGUGGAGCGGCACACAAACCGCUCUACGGCGGGUAUUCAGCCAAGAUUCCGACUUCAAGGAGAGCAUGUUUGCGCGACAAAUAGCGGUAAUGAAAGGUCAAGCUUGGAAUGUGGUUGAAACACUCAAACAACCAGACCAUGGGCCCCUCGAGCUCACCCGCAGAACGAGAGUGUGUGUUUGGGAUGAUCUAGUUGAUAUCCCUGUCGCCAUUCCACUUCAUGUCCCUUCCGCUGAAAUGCAGAGACGACAAGAGCUAGUUCGCGAGCAGGAGGAAAUGGAUAUUAGCGUCGCAAUAUCGUCUGACAGCAGUACCCACCGCGAUCUCCUAAAUCUCAGCUCACCGACAAAUGAACUGCCAAACCCCAAUAGAUUUGAAUUGUCACGCGAUAGAGUCUCUGUCGAAUCCAGCAGCAGAGUAGAGGGUGCUGGCAGCCCAACUUCACUUGGUGAUUUUGCCUACAGGAGCUUCGACGGUGCCGGUGAAGACGACAGGGAUCUCGCAGCCAGCUGGGCUUCCGUUCCCGCCCGUUCGACGGGUGGUCGAUCAGGGCCCAAAUUAUUCGUUGAGGCUAAACGGGUCCAUAGGAAGAACCUGUCCCUGCCUCAGCGGCGGGGUAGCAAUGCGAUGAUGUUCGGCGGCGAUGAUCUUGAAGGUGACCUUGGCUAUGCGGCUGCAGAGGAGAUGGAAGGCAACGAGCGCAAGGUCAUCGUCGAGAGACUCGAAGCUGUUAAGAGCAAAAAUCCUGUUUUUACAUGGUGUUGA